AUGGCAAUUAUGGCGAAGAAGAUGCAGGAGCGGCCUAAUCCCGACCUCAUGCUGAGAUGCACGAUCCUGGACUCUGAAGGCAAUGUUACGACGGUCUCCGGUCUAUUCAGAAGGGCGGAUCUAUGCGCAGAGCACCGUCUGAACCCCCGUGACCUUCGUAAAAUUGACUCGAGGAUCCCCAACCUUGUCCCCACCAUCCUCGUGCGGAAGGAAGUCAUCCUCGUGAAUAUAUUGCACAUUCGUGCACUUAUCAAAGCCGAUGCCGUCGUUUUGUUCGACACGUUCGGAUCCGCGGACUCGCGGGUUCAUUCAUCCUUUCUGGAGUACCUCGAGCAAAAUUUGAAAAUCAAGAGCUCCGGCCUGCCGUAUGAGUUUCGCGCGCUGGAGUCGAUUCUUUUAUCGGUGCUUGGUGCUCUGGAGACGGACAUGGUGUUCACCCGCAAUCUAGUUGGCGGGUUACUUGUGGAGCUUGAGGAUGAUAUAGAUCAUGAUCGGUUCAAACGGCUGCUUCAUUAUUCGAGACGGUUGGCAGGUUUUCAGAAUAGGGCAAAGCUGGUGCAAGAAGCGUUGGAGGAAGUUCUUGAGCAAGACGAGGAUCUAGCGGCGAUGUAUCUGAGCGAUAAAAAGAAUGGCACGCCACGCGCGCCAAGUGACCAUGAAGAGCUUGAGGUCCUCUUGGAGUCCUUCGCCAAACAAGUGGAGGAAAUUGUAAAUGAGGCGGAAAGUAUUCAGAGCAACGUGCAAUCGACCCAAGAGAUCGUAGAACUAUUGUUAGACUCUAAUCGUAAUGCCUUGCUUGCGCUGGAUUUGAAGGUAUCCAUAUGGACGAUGGGCAUUGGCGUCGGCACGCUGCUGGCUGGGCUAUUUGGCAUGAAUCUGAGGAGUCACAUGGAAGAACACGACUGGGCCUUCGGCAUCAUGUCCACGUUCAGCAUCCUCGCGGCCAUUGGUUUCGCCGUGAGCGGCUUACGGACGCUGCGCAAAAUCCGCAAAGUGGGCCUGGCGUCGAACAAUGGCAAGGCAGGCGCGCGUGCGAGGGGGCGCUGGUUCCAUCCGCUGCGGGACGCACGUCGGACACCUUGGUCAUGA